AUGCAGCAACCUGUCGUCCCCCCUCGUCCGUCCAAGAGCCCGGCCAAGGAAUUCCUGGCUCCCACAUCCUCCUCUCCUGUGAUUCCUCCGCGACCGGCCAACAAGCGCCUCGACCGCUCAAAGUCGCCCAACCCCGACCGAUUCGCGCAGUCGCCCUUUACUGAUGGCGUCAUACCUCCCGUCAAGUCCCUUACUGGAGAGUUGGGCACCGGCAGCAAUGGAGGCUCCCAGGAGUCUCUCGACCACAAUGAGAGCGUGCCGAUGCCCUCUGUGGGCGAAGAGGGCUUGGAGUACAGCCUUAUUACCUCCGAGCUGCAGGGAGAGAGCACCGAUUCUGCGGAGCAGACUCGCUCUGUGGCCGAGGACCUGAAGCUCCAUGCCCCGAAGCCGUCUCUGCCGGCGUCGAGCGCCAAGGAGCGACUCAAGACGGUCACCCGCACCGAUUCGGACAAGGCUGCCUCGUUCGGCAUUGGAAAGCCGGGAUAUCUCGAAGGGCGUUCAAGCUCUCGCAACGGCCUGAGGAAGAAGUCCAGCACCAGCUUCUCCACCACCAGCGAGCAAGACAACCAGCUCGACGAUGAGCAUGGCAUCCCUGAGAUCGGGCAGCGGGUCCCCAUGAACCCGCAUCUCGGAGACGUCCAAGCCCCGUCGCCUGCACCAGGCUCCGAAGGAAACGGCAAGAAUCACAACCGCAGACACAGCUCUCGUGGACUCCCCCCCGGAAGCUAUGGAAUGCACGGCCACGGCGUGGAGUCGCAGGAUGAACUCGACAAGGCCUACUACAAGAAGCACCCCGAACUGCUGCAGAGGGAGCUUCACACUCCGCUCUAUGAUCGUCAGAAUGACUUUGCCAUGAGCAGCAACGAUCUCAACAAGCUGGUCCGGGACACGGCCAACCGUAGAUCUGGCAUAGAUUUCCACGAACAUGAAGGAACUCCCAAUGACGAGGUUGCGUUCCAAGCCAGCGAGGAAUAUGCCAGCCGCAUGGCCACCCCGCGCCCCGUCUCCAUUGUAUCCAACAAUGGCACGCCGCUGGAGGAUCUCGCAUCUGAGGACAAGCCCAUUCACGUGGAUGACCCCAAGUAUCCCGAGCACUACGGCUAUGGCGCCGAGAGCCCCGUUGAUACUCCUGGAGACGACUUUGAAGCGCCGAUCCUGGCUGCGGACGAGAUUGAGAAGGACGUGACCAAGCCCGCACAGCAUCCGGCCAUUCGUCCGCACCUUGACCGCAACGUCAGCUCGCAUGAUGGCACAAGCCGUCCGACCAGCCGCCCCAACAGCCGACCCACGAGUAUCUACAAUUCUCUCAACACCCAUGAGUUUGACCACACUCCGCUCGAGGAUGUACACGAGUACGAACCUCUGUUCCCCGAUGAGGCGGCCAAGAAGGAGGAGGAAGAGAAGCGCGCCAGCAAGGACAGCUCCAAGGCGCGCCACCACUUCCCUAGCAAGGAUGUGUGGGAAGAUGCACCGACCAGCCACCAUUACACCACUGAGGUGUCGACCCCUGACAAUGUCGACGAGGAGGAGGAGCAGCACCGAAGGAAAUCGUCGACGCACCACGACAAUCGCCCCAUUACUCCGGCGCAAGCAUUUGCCAUGCAGCAGGAAGAGCUCGCGGAGAGGGAGGCAAGUGGGAAGAAGCACAACUUCUUGCCCAUCCUGGAGCACAAGCCGCCGUCCUGGGACGUGUGGGAAGACACCCCGGAGAGCCUGCUCUACGAGGCCGAGGUUGAGGAGAAGCCCAAGGAUGAGAAGAAGCCCGAGGUCCCUGCUCGGCCCUCCAAGAAGUUGGCUGAGUUGCUGUCGCACAAGCCUGCCGUUCCCGACCGUCCGAAGCCGAAGACGCAGGCUAGUGACGAUGCCAUCAAGCCCUCGAUACCUUCUCGCCCCGUCAAGAAGCUCUCUGGCGACUCCAAGGAGGGUGAGGCUCCAAAGACGAAGCCGCCGAUUCCGUCCCGGCCCGCAGGGGGCAAGAUUGCCGCGCUGCAGGCUGGUUUCAUGAGCGACCUGAACAAGCGCCUGCAGCUCGGCCCCCAGCCGUCAAAGAAGGAAGAGACGGAAAAGGCCGAAGUCGCGGAGGAGAAGGAAAAGGUUCCGCUGUCUGACGCAAGGAAGGGUCGGGCUAGAGGACCGCAACGUCGUGCCCCGGCCCGGGCUGCGGCUCCGGCUGCCGCCCCGGCGGCUACGAAAGAAGCCACUCCUAUCACUCUGUCCAUUUCUCAGCCACAGACAAUCUGGAACAUUGACCCUGAGCAGGGCGAUGUAGCGGAGCCCGAGGCUCUCAAAGCAUCUCCGGAGCCCGUCGAGUCGACAGAGCGUGCAGCUCCCCAGCCGGCGCCGGCAUCUGAACCUCUGGCCGAGCCUGAAGAGACCAAGACGGCUGAAGCCGCUAAGGGAGAGCCCGAAAAGGUCGAGGAAGCCGAAGAAGCCAAAGAGCCCGAGGUGAUCAAGGGAUCCGAAGAAGCUGAGAAGCCAAAAGAGCCUGCGACGUCAGAAGAGCCGGCGAAACCAGAGGAACCCGUGAAGUCAGAUGAGCCGGCCAAGUCAGAUGAGCCGGCCAAGGUAGAAACUCUGGCGGCAAACAUGGCCGGCGAGAGCAUCUUGGAGGCCAAGGUGGAGCAAAAGGAUGACGCAAAGGAGAUUGAGCCGGUGGAAGUCAAGGACGAGGUCAAGUCAUAG